AUGGAAGUGUCUGCAUACACCUAUAUCCGUGUACUAUGUUGAUGAACUGUCUCAUGCAGGUAGGGCAAGCCGCAGGCAUAUUGAUACGUCUACCUCACUUCUAUGCUAACAGAUAAGAUCUACAAUGUCUCUGGUUCAAAUACGGAAGGCAGCAUAAGGUUGAAAGACGGUUGCAGUGGAUGAACAAAUGCAAUCCGAACAUUGUUGCACCUCCCAAUGGCUGCGCAGAUCAAUCCAACAUGUUCAUGUACUAAUAUGGAAGGAAGGAUAUUGGAUGGAAAGCUGAGUCCAAUGGGUAAUCGUGACAAAGAUGCAACUCAUGUUAUAUUGAUGGGUAUAAAGCUGUUCGAAUUUUCUCCAGAGUCGAACCAUACGACCUCUUCGCACAGCCCAAUCGUCCGCUUCUUACUCUAGCACACCGCGUUAUCUCUUGCCUUACUGUCAAUCCUCAACACCACAAUGGCCGGAUUUAACAAUGCUAGCUCUUUACCUUUCCAAUCCAUCCCAUCUCCCCGGGUCUCCGUUGUGGACAUCUUUUUGCCCGGCUUUGCCAACGUAUCUCCCGCGAUCCAACAGCUUCUGACAGACCAUCUGAACAGCUAUACUGGUCUGCUGUGUACCUGUGGGAUACUCCUGUUUCUGGGCAGACAUGCGUACGAACACUUGUGGGAAUUGGUGGACAAAUUUCUCGUUUCGACAGUUUAUGUGUCAUGUGUCGAUGAAGCUUACGACAUGCUUAUUACCUGGGCCGAAAGUCAGAAAUUCACGCGUGACGCUUGCUCCUCCAUCGCCACAGUCGAUUGUACGAACCCAUGGGGAUGGUACCGUCCAUGGCAACAUAUGCGCACUAUUCCAGAUGGUGCCAGUCAGAAGUCUUUGCAUUAUGCUCCUUGGAAUGGACGAUUUUACUUCUGGCAUAAGCACCAUUUGUUGGUAUUUCGACGGAUGCAGAGCCCAGGAGAGUCACAAUCGGAAGAACUAUCCAUUUCGUGUUUCGGCAGGUCUACAAGAAUUCUAAAGGAGCUCCUCGAAGAAUGUCGUCAUCAUUACCUGGGUCUUGUUCAGAACAAAACGUCCAUCUUUGAACAUCAAGGCGAUAAAUGGAAAAGGCCCAGAGUAAGGAAUAAGAGAAAGAUGCCGACGGUCAUCCUCGAUGAAACGGUAAAAUCUUUGUUGUUAAGAGAUCUUUCAGACUUCUUUGAGCCGACAGCCCCAGGUUGGUAUUCCGAUCGAGGUAUUCCUUAUCAACGAGGCUAUCUGUGGUAUGGACCACCCGGAACUGGAAAAUCCAGCUUGAGCUUGUCCAUCGCAGGUGAAUUUGGUUUGGACAUCUAUGUCGUCAAUCUCUCCAGCAUUGAUGACAAAGACUUGUCGACUUUGUUUUCUGAGCUCCCGCCGCAGUGUCUUGUCCUUUUGGAAGAUAUCGAUGCCGCCAGCUCGAAACGGUCCGAAGUCACUGAUCCAACUCAUGAUCAGAACGAUAGAUGUUCCUCUCCCAAAAAUCCUAUCCGGGAAAUGGUGUCCCUAUCCACUCUGCUCAAUGUUAUCGACGGUGUAGGAUCACCUGAAGGCCGUGUGUUGAUCAUGACAACGAAUCAUCCGGAGCGCCUCGAUGACGCGCUGGUACGACCCGGCCGCGUGGAUAUGAAAGUCGAGUUUCAACUCACCGAUAGGAAGAUGAUGACUCAACUCUUCUACCUUGUCUUUAAUCGCUUGGAUGGCAACCAUGAGGACCUAGGGAAGAGUGUGGAUGGCAACGACCCUGAUCCAACGAAAACCGCUGAAUACAGGAAAACAGUCAGGCUUUUGGCAAAGUCGUUCGUCGCAAAAAUGCCAGAGCUAGAGUUUAGCCCGGCAGAAGUGAUGUCACUUCUAUUGGCGAACAAGCAGUCACCUCAGCAAGCUGUCGAUAACGUGGAGAAAUGGAUAGAAAAGACCAGGGAGGAAAAAGGGAAAGUGAAAAGAGUGGAAUCUUGGAUGCUGAGUGAGUAAACGAGAGCAGCAGUAACGCAUCUUCUUGAAGUAGAGUGGAUAAUAGUAAACCGCGGGUCCCAGUGAAUGUUCCAUUUAAGAUCUGAAGGAGAUGGUAGACAUUGUCUUUUAUGGCUUAGUUUGUGGAAGCAAGAUCCAUCGUCCUAAUUGACAAGGCCGACCUGUACCUUGCCGAACGACCUCAUCACGAUAUUCAUCGAAAUAGC